ACAAUAAUGGCGUAUUCCGUGAAUAUUUCUGUGGAGGCGCCGAUUGAAAAUCAAAUACAGGAAAUUACUUACGAUGGCCAAGAAAUUUAUCAAGCGCCCCUCACAUUGUCGGAGAACUUGGCGAAAAUUGCUCAAAAGAUUGACUUCAAUAAAACGAAUGGUGAGGAAAUAAAGAAGGAGCAGGUAGAAGAUGAAAAAGGCGACGAGGAUGCAAAAGAUUCCACUUCGUUUCAAUCCUCUUUAUGGCCUUGGGAUAGUGUUAGAAAUAAAUUAAGGAAUGCCUUGACGGAGGUUUGCGUAUUGGCUGAUGUACUUGCAAUAGCGAAAGAGAAAAAUUAUAUGGUAUUAGAUCCAGUACCUCAAGAACAAGUUGAAGUGAAGCCUAUGAUACAAGUAUAUGCUAGGAAAAAGGCAUUGGCAGGAGCAGCGUCAGUUCUAAUCCUGGGUGCUGACAGACUACGGAAUUGUCAAACUGAUCCGUUAUCUAGACCUAAGUCCAUUCCUGAUUUUCACAUUGAAUUGUUAAGAUUACGACAAAAUUGGCGUUUAAAGAAAGUGUCAAACUCCAUCAUUGGUGAUCUUAGUUAUCGAACUGCUGGUUCGAAGUAUACACAAAUGGGUAUGUUUGAAGUCACCAAAGCAGAAGAAGAAGAUAAAAAUAGUAAUAGUCCACCAGCAUCCCCUAAUGCUGGUAAUAAUAUGUCAGGACAAUCUCAUACUUCUUCAAAUUCCAAAUUAUCUGCCUUACGUGUGACUAUACCUAGCGAGUUGCAAGGUGUCGCCUAUAUUGAGGUAUUAUGUCAAAAAGAUCAAGAAGAUUUAUGCAGUGCGAAUAUAAGUUUGCUUAAUAGUAAUACUAAUAAUUCAAAUGCCGAUAUGCAUUGGCAGCAGAAAUUGGAAGCCGCACAAAAUGUUCUAUUUUGUAAAGAGCUGUUUAGUCAAUUGGCACGGGAGGCUGUGCAUUUACGCGCGCCUAUACCUCACAUGGUUGUUGGAAAUCAAAUAAUGGCCACAGUAUGUACUUCCGGAAUUCAACUGAUAAUUGGUCUAUGUCACAGCACAGGCAACGAUAAGAAGCCUGUUGCUCCACCACCACACAAAACAGAUCACGAUCAUGUGUUGGAACAUUCUUUACAUCAGUUGUUACGUGAAGUGCAUUACAAGAACAGUCAACAUCCGUUUCCCCAUCCUGCCUCGGGUCCGCUGGGUCCUAGUAAACGCAGAUACCUGGCUGGUCCUACUGCUGCCGACAAAUACGAGCUUUUAGAAAUGACGAAGAGUCAAACAUUAUUGGAACAGAUCAUUCAACAGGCGCAACAUUUCUUUAUGCGUUUGCGCACGGAAUACGUAUUAGACACGAUAGCGAAGGAGGUGAAGGAUCCUCUUAUCGUUUCGCAUUGGAAUUCGUUGAAUUCACCGACACAGUCCAGCGUGAAGAUUAAUAUUCUGACACACGGAUACGACAGUGUAUGUCGGACAACGAUGAUCGUUCACGUCGGCGAAAAAUCAUUGAAAUGUGUCUGUCGCGAUGGUAGAGUCAUGCAUAUGAGUUACGAACCCCAGGAGCUUAGGGAUCUCAUUUUUUGUCAGAUAUAUCAACAUCAAAUAAACGCAGUGCAAGCUCUCGCCAAAUGCAUGGGCUGGCAAUUUUUAGCAAACAGCUCGCAUCUUGGUCUGGGUUCAGUGGAACCUCUCGGAAAUGCUAGUAGUUGUAUUCUGGCUUCGCCAAUUGGUGACAGAAUGAUAGCUGUGCGGUGUGAACCGCAAACGGGCGUGCAAGUUGCGAUUGCUCAUUCCCCUCGAAAAGAUUUCUUCCCUGGUCAACUUGUGCGAGAGAGAAAAUGGGAGAAUCUCGGAGGCUCGUUUAAGGAAGUCAGAUGGGACAAAAUGGAAGGAAAGAAUUUCCUGAAUAAGAUGGAAUUACUAAUGUCUUCUUUAAUGAGCUCCUAAGUGUGUUGCAAAUUACAGUGAAACUUCUAUAUAUUUUUUCGUGGGA